CAAGUUACUGUAUAUACGUGUCGGAGAUUAAAUAAAAUUUUCGAUGAGUCACUGUUAAUAAUUUUACUGAAGAAGCCCACAAUAAAGAAGUGUCGUCAAAUCGUAGCAGAAGGGCGUAGAGAUGAACAAAAGUUCCAUGCAAGCGCCAACCGCCACCAGCAAAUUUACCGGUACCACCGGCCCGAUGGGCAUUACGAACAUCAUAGGUGAACAGGAUGAGGGCAGAAUGGCAGCGCAAACACCAGCACCAAGUCUAGUUCAACCUCAAUCGAGUGCACUAACCGGAGGGCAACCUGCAGGUCUGCAGCAAGGCAUGCAAGAAAAAAUGUUUAGUAAUGCUUCAACGGGUGAAUUUUAUAUAUCUUUAUUUUGUGAAUCACAUCACACGUGUAUUAUCUUCGCUCAAGACAAACUUUGUCCGGUAUGUUUAGGUGUAAAUUCAACGGCCGAUCCACAAAUGUGUAGAGUCGUACAGCAACAAAUGAAUCAUAGCUCUUCACCGGUUGAUGCCGAACAAACGGCACGGGCGGCCAGGAGAUUAUCGAUACAGGAAUGCAUUCAGUCAUUGGUGCAUGCCUGCCAGUGCGGAGACGCAAACUGUGAUCUACCGAAAUGCAAGAAGAUAAAACGAAUGGUCAUACAUACGAUGAACUGCAAGAGAAAGGCAAAUGGUGGUUGUUAUAUUUGCAAACAAUUAAUCGCAUUAUGUUGUUACCAUGCAAAAUACUGCAAAGAGACUACCACAUGUCUCGUUCUAUUCUGUUCUAACAUCAAGCAUAAUAUAAAGCAGCGGCAAUUGCAGCAACAAUUAAAACAAGCGCAGUUGCUCAGAAUGCAAGCAAACCUGCAGCAAUCCAUGCAAGGACAAAUGCCUGGUAGACUAAUGCGAUUGUAAUGAAUAAUUCAUGUGUGAAUUUCUUAAAUUAAAAUUUAAAAAUUGUUUAACAGUUAAUAUGAAACGCACAGUAUAACCCAUACAGCAUGAAAUAUUUCUUGUUCAUUUUUUAAAAUAUUUUAAUUAAAUUUAAUUAAUUUUAGACACAUUUCGUGAGCAUUUG